AUGGAGCUUCCGAGGGAGGAAGAGGAGGGUUUGCUCUGUUGCGGGUGGCCCAUCCCUCACCCCCCUUUCCAGCCGACCCCCAUCCCUCUCGGUCCUCCAUGCUGCUCCCGUGCUCUGCGUUUUUGCCCUCCUUCUCCCGCUCAGAAAUUCUCGAAGAUAUUGGAGUACGCGCGGUGGUUGGGGAUGGAGCUUCCGGGGGAGGAGGAGUUGCUGUGGGUGGCGCGGCAGGGGCUGAAAUCACCUCUGCCGCCCAACUGGAAGCCCUGUGGCACGGAGGACGGGGAGAUCUACUAUUUCAACUUCCAGACGGGCGAGAGCGUGUGGGAGCACCCCUGUGACGACCACUACCGCGCCGUCUACCACCAGGAGAAGGCCAGGCUGCUGCUCGCCCGCGCCCCUCCCCCCCCUGCUGCUGCCAGUGGUGCUAGUGGUGGUGGUGGUUCUGCUGCUGCUUCUGCUCGUGCUGCUGUGGCUGGCGGUGGGAGUGUGGAGGGUGCGGGGAGGAAAGGAGGCUUUUGGGGAGUGGCGGGGCCAGGGACAGGGAUGAUGGGGGGAGGAGGAGGGAUGGGUGGAGAGACGUAUGUACGGCAGGCAUCCCUGCCACCACAGAAUAGAGGGGAGCAUCACGAAAACUUGUUUCGCCAAGGAUCGUUGCAGCCUAACUCAGCUGCAACGCGCCAGCAGAAAGGGUCACCUGCGCGCGCCCAUGCCCAGCAGUCGCAGCUAAGGCCUCCGCAGCAGCAGCAGCAGCAGCAGCAGCAGCAGCAGCAGCAGCAGCAGCAGCAGCAGCAAGCAACAACACGAAGCUCAUCCAGUAAAAAUUAUGUGAAGCUCUUUCACCAAACCUCCUGGUCCCCCGAACCUGGCUCGGUUCGUCAGUCUGCCGCGGCUGCCAGCCUGGCUCGGGCAGGCUCCGUUCCCGUUGCGGCGAAUGGCGUGAAUGGCCAUCCUGCUGAAACUGAGGAGGAGGAGGAAGAUUGGAGCAGCUCUGACGAUGGUGACGAUGGUGGCAGUGGUGAUGCGGCUGCUAAUGCUGCUGCUGCCGCUGCCUGCCUCAUUCCUCUGUUCCCCCUCUCUGUAUGUUCCCUCUACCUCUCCUGCACAUAUUGGAGCAGCUCUGACGAUGGUGACGAUGGUGGCAGUGGUGAUGCGGCUGCUAAUGCUGCCGCUGCCGCUGCCGCUGCUGCUGCUUGCUUCAUUCUUCUGUCCCCCCUCUCCUUGUGUUCCCUCUACCUCUCCGUGACAUAUCGGAGCAGCUCUGAUGAUGGUGACGAUGGUGAUGCGGCUGCUAAUGCUGCUGCUGCCGCUGCCUGCCUCAUUCCUCUGUUCCCCCUCUCUGUAUGUUCCCUCUACCUCUCCUGCACAGAUUGGAGCAGCUCUGACGAUGGUGACGAUGGUGGCAGUGCUGAAGGAAAAGGAGGGAGUGAGAAAUUCAAGAGUGCUGAUAGUGCCGAUGCUAGUGCGAAGGGCUUGCUUAAAGCGGAGGGAGUAAGAAUAGGAGGCAGUGGGAGCUUCAAAAGGGCUGAUAGUGCUGAUGCUAGUGCUGCUAAGGGCUUGCUUAAAGCAGACGGAUCAGGAGGGAGUGAGAAAUUCAAGAGGGUUGAUAGCGCUGAUGCUUGCGCGAAAGGCUUGCUUAAAGGCAAGAAUGUGAGACGCGGAGGGAGUGGGAGCUUCAAGAGGGCUGAUAGCGCGGAUGCUAAGGGUGUUGUUCAAAUUGAGGCUUCUAGGAAAGGAGGCAGUUGGGAUUUUAAGAAGGAUAAUGGUGGGGAUAGUAAGAGGAAUGGCAGUUGGGAUCUUGCUAAGGGUAGUUUUAGAUGUGAAGAGGCAGGUGGGGAGGAGAGAGAAGAAGGAACAGAGUCUGGUCAGGAAGGGAUGGUAAUUUUGGACAUGGGUCAAAGCAAGGUAAGGGAAAAGGGAGUGUACGAGGAUGGUGGUGAUUUAAAGGAGAGACAUGAGUUGGUGUGGGAGGAAAUGCAGAAAGAAUUGCGAGAGGGUAUUGAGAAGGAGAGGGCGCGACUGUGGGAGGAGAUGCAGGCAGAUGUGAUGAACCAGUUGGAGAGCAGGAAGCAGGAGCUGUUUGCUGACGUGGCGAGGAAAGUUGAUGCUGACGUGGCGGAGGAGUAUGAGAGGAUCAGGCAGCAACGGGUGGAGGAGAUUAGGCAACAGGGCGAGGUUGAAGCAGAGGUUAGGGAAUACCGAGCCAAGUUGCUAGCUUCGGUAGAAGAGGAGGAGACGCGCUUGCGAGAGAAUUUAAGAGAGAGUAAGGCUCGGGAAGUGGCUCGGGCCGAGCGUGAGGUUCGGCGGCUGCAGGAGGAACUGGAGGUUCGGGCGACCCAGGUGCUAGACUCGUUCAGAACCGACCUGCAGGUUCGGCUGGAAGGGGAAAAGCUGAAGCUGAGAAGAGAGGCAGUGCGCGCAUUAGAGCGAUGGAGGGAGGAGCUUGAGAUGAAGGUUCAGAGGAAGGUUCAGGGCAUGAGGAUGGAUUUACAAAUGAAGCUGGAAGCAACGAGAAGGGAGAUGGAGGUGGUAAUGAGGAAGAAAGUGGAGGAGGAGAGGGUGUGGCGAUUGGAACGGCUGAGUCGGGAGUUGAGGGAAGAGGAGACCGAGCUGAGAAGAGUCUGGAAGGAGAGGAUGGAGAGAGAGAAGCAGAGGGUUCUGGGAGGUGGUGGGUCAAGGCGUUCGUUUGAUCUGACGGGAAAGGCAGCUCUGCUGGGGCUGGGGGGUGAGAGGAACGGGCAAGGCGUUGGGAUGAGGGAGGAGCAGAGGGUGCUGGGGGGUGUUCCGAGACAUUCUUUUGAUUUGACGGAAAAGUCCCCUCUGAUGCUGGGCGGAGUGAGAAACGGCCAAGGUGCAGGGUUGAACUUGAGAGAGGAUGAGCAGAUGAUGUUUGGAAACAUGAGGAGCCCGAGAAGGGUCGGAGGAGUGAUGGGGCAACAACAGCAGCAGCGGCGGCGGCAGGUGGGGGAGUCAUAUGCCGGGCAGGUGGAAGGAAGUGUAUUGGCCGGGGACUGGAUAAGUGGGGGCCGGAUUGGGCUGGGGUCAGGGGGGAGGAAAUUGAGGAACCGGGGGAAAAGCAGUCGGACGGUUGGGAGCGAAUCUGGUCAUGAUCGGACGGUGGAGGAUGCAUUGAAAACGGGGAGCGGCGGAGGGUACUACUCGCCAUGGGGCGAUUCUGGUUCGGAGGGACUGGGAGAGCUGGGGAAGGGGGAUCUGGGGAGGGCUCAUCUACGUGUGCGGUGCAGAGGGGUUGAAAGCGGUGGAGGGGCGUUUGACGAUGGAGGAAUCUCGUUCGGGGAGCGCGAGAUCAUGUUGAAACAAGCCAGGCGGUUUGCAGCGGAGCAGCGGCGGAGCUUGAAGGAGCGAGAGGCGGUGCUGGAGGCGGCUAGGAGGGACUGGAGGAGCCGUAUGGAGGCAGUUGAAGAGGAGCGAGAGGGGGUGCUGGAGGCAGCUAUGAGGGACUGGAGGAACCGCAUGGAGGCAGUUCAAGAGGUGAGGGUAGGGGGGGGGGGGGGUGGUGUGCUUGUAGUGAAUGGUGUGACUGUACUAGUGGGGUUUCAAGGUGCAAGGGAGCUUGAAGGGGCGAGAGGCCGUGAUGGAGGCAGCUAG